AUGGCACCAGGACUGACAGCGACCUUUCCACACCAGACUUCUACCGUUGACAAGCACGUGCCGCGGUCCAUCUUCCCUGAUGGCAUCAAGACCUCUGGCCAACAUCCCCCUCUGUACCAUCAGCUCAGUCCCUACCAAGACUUCCCCCAUGAGAUUACUGGCCCCACAGUCUGGGACGCAGAUGACUACAAGGAUAACCCUGAACGAUGGACGCACUGGUUCACAGACGAGGAGAUUGCAGAGAUGAGUGAAGCUGCCGACAGUUUCACGAAUGCCGGCAUUCCAUUGACAGGAAUAUCAAAGGACAACUUCCAGCUUCCUCGUCUCUCCAAGUUUCUCGAGUCCAUGCGCAACGAACUCCUCAAUGGCAAAGGCUUCAUACUAUUCAAGGGCUUCCCCGUGGAGAAGUGGGGAAAUCACAAGUCAGCUAUCGCAUAUAUGGGGCUGGGGACAUACUUGGGAUACUUUGUCAGUCAAAAUGGGAAGGGCCAUGUUCUUGGACAUGUGAAAGAUCUGGGAGACGAUGCAAAGCAGAUUGACAAAGUCAGGAUAUAUCGGACGAACGCACGCCAGUUCUUUCAUGCAGACGACUCGGAUCUGGUGGGCCUACUCUGCAUUGCGCGAGCUCUCGAAGGCGGAGAGUCUGACAUCACUUCCGUGCACCAUGUCUAUAAUGUCUUGCGAAGAGAAAGACCCGAUGUGCUCAAGACCUUGACAGAACCAAUAUGGUAUUUCGACCGCAAGGGCGAAGUCAGCGAAGGCGAGGAUCCUUACAUCCGAGCAAGCGUCUUCUACCUGGAAUCUGGAGGAAAAGGGCGGGUAUAUUGCAAAUACGAUCCCUACUUUAUCCGUUCCUUAGAGCGCUUUUCCACCGCCGGCGUCAUACCUCCUCUGUCUCCUGCCCAGCUCGAAGCCGCCGACGUCCUCGAAGCCACCUGCAAUCGGCUCGCGCUACACAUGAUCCUCGAAGUUGGGGACAUACAAUUCUUGUCGAAUGAGCAUGUACUGCAUGCGAGGACCGCAUAUAAAGAUCAUGCGCCACCCGCGCCGAGACGGCAUCUGAUGAGGUUAUGGCUGGCGACGCCAGAAAGCGAAGGGGGAUGGACAUUGCCCUUCCACGACAGCAAAGAGAAAAAACGCGGUGGCAUACAAGUGGAUGACGUAGCGCCUGUGGCACAUCUAGAUGCAGAGUAG